ACAGUCGUUGAAAUAGCAGAUUGCAGGAAGAUAGUCUCUUGGUAGGGUGGAGGGAUAUUAACGAACAAAAUGGGAGUAGAAAUUGAGACAAUAACCCCGGGCGAUGGUAAAAUAUUUUCAUGCAUAUCUUUCGCUCAAGAUUUCUGAUGGAUUUCCGUUCAUUCAUUUUAAUGUCCAUACAAAAAUGCAGCUUCUCAUCGUUUGCUCAUGCCGUUAUCCUGUUUUAGCGUCACAUCGUCUUUUGAUGCCCGCGUUAUUCUGUUUUUCUAUGCGCUUUUUCUCCCACAGGAAGGACCUUCCCUAAAAAAGGACAGACGUGUGUGGUGCAUUAUGUUGGUGAGUUUGGGAGAUUAAUUUACAGUGUCUGUAUGUAUGCAUGCACCAAUGCAAAUUCCCCCCAAAUCUCAAGAUUAAUUCAUAUUUUUGAUAGGCCGCAUAUUAGUGUCAGUAACCUUGGCGAUUGGGUGCAUUUUUGUCUCAAUAGCUAUAUUUUAAUUCAGGGGAAUUUCAUUCGGAUGCAAUUGCACACCUGUAGCUCUGACCACCCAACAAUGUGUUGCGUUACAGCUUUCUGUACAAGGGAGGCUGCUUCUUAGUAUUGGAAUGCAGUUAUAACUACAUUGUUAACGUUGUAAAGUCAGGUGCGAAGUCAAGACUACUUUGUUACAAUGUUGCCGCGGGUCACUUCAUAGAUGAUUAUAGUAUGGUAAUAUAACAUCAAUGUGUCUGUCUUGAAAGCGUUCAGACGUCGGCAGAGGCAGGGUUCAAUCCGAGGUCGAGACAGAUGGACAAGACAGCGAGGGAUUUAAACCCUGUCUGAUACCCUGCCUUUGUUGAAGUUGAGGGGAUUGGUGACGUUGGAUAUAACUGAGUAUUGCUGUCUGGUGUCUAAUGAUUUCUCGUUUCGUUUUAAUUGUUUACUAAUGAGUUAGUGUAUUAUUGUAAUAGGUGCAGGGGGUUGGUGUAUUUUUCAAUUACAUUGGCAUUGCCUUUCUCCGUGUUCUCAUACGAUUGAGACUAUUCAAUUGUCAGCUCUCUUGUUGUAGGAGAGCUGCUAGUGUAGCCCUAACACCGUUAUUGGAUUAUCAUGUAACUUGUAUUAUACUCAGAUUCAUGCAUACACAAAACAUUUAUGCCACUGGAAAGAUUCUACAUGUUUGCUAUAGCAACAAUAGUUUUUUCUCCACUUUGAUUUUCCAUCCUGUCUGAAAUUCUAUAUUCCUGUUAUUCAUGUGUGAACUGUACCCUCAUGCAGUAGCGGGUGCCUGGGUUAAAUCACUGGGGAAGCCAAGUCAGUAAAAAAAGCCAUAUUACAACCUAUGUUGUGAUAAUUGCAUUGUUUGCUCUAUAACCCAUUCCUUUAUACACCACCCUGAUAUACAAUAAGGCCGAGACAACAGAAAGACAACAGUCACACAGUGGCGGAAUAAAUUCAACUACACAUACACUUGUUUCAUCAUAAAACCAGAGAGCAACAUCUGUCCGGUGUCCACAAAGCAAAUAUUGCAUGUAACAAACAGUUAAAUGACCUACAGCAUGGUCCAUCGAGUUAAUGUUUUCUACAGUUUACUGAACAACUACUGAUUUAAAACCACUGAGUUACCGCAAGUCUGCUCAAAGACAACAGGAGCCCUGCCACCGCUAUUCCAGCACCAUUUCAACUUAAACAUCAUUAAAUCAACUAGGCUAUAAUACAAUGAAAACGAACUUAAAGAUACCAAAAACAAUUGAGUCCAAUCAAUGUUGCUAAAUAUCAUGUGACUGUCCAUGGUACAGAUUUAUGUGUGGGUGUGUGUGCGUGCAAGUAAAAAAAAAAAAGUUGACUCACCAUAGUUGUAGACUAGUUGAAUGCCAAUGCCAUCCUCCACUCUUUGAUGUUGGCAAAACAGUCUAUGGCUCUGUCAUACAGUACGCUUUUAGUUUUAGUUUUCAUAGGCUACCUAGCUAAAACGCUUGCUAGCCUGACUGCCUCGCAUGGGAAAUAAUGAACCAGCUAAGUUAGCUAGCUAGUUAACGUGAGCCUACUAGGCUACAUAUUGAAUUUUAAUUGUCUCAGGCCAGCGGCUCAAUAUAUGAAUUUAUGGUUAGAUCAGAUUCACCAUCAUAAUCAUUGGCCUGGGUCCAAAUCCCCAUCACCAUCCAUGAUUUACGAAAGAGCAGAUGUAGCAAGCUAGCUACUGCAGGACAACAACACAAGCAGACCAGAAAGAGACACGUUUGUCUGACAAUGAAGUUUUGCUUUGGAUGCGAUUUGAUUGGUGUGAAGCCAAAUUCAAACUGGCCUCCCAUUGGGGGACAUUUUGCUGCGCCAGGACAACCCACAGUUAAGCUCAGCUUUUUUAUUUAUUAAGGGAGGCCAAAUGCUUGCUGGCAUCAAUCAAUCAAUCAAAUGCUACGCCGGCAACAUGUCAUACUCUUUUGGUCCAGACAGCAUCAGAUACAUGGGCUACACAUACUGAGACAGAGGGGCGCUGUUUCCCUCGCUCGGAUGAUUUCUCCGGUGAGAUUCAGCCACUUGCGAAUUUAAGGGAAAUUAUGGAAACACAGAGAGAUGAAAGAUCAAUUAUUUUAUACAGUACCAGUCACACCUACUCAUUCAAGGGUUUUUCUUUAUUUUUUACAAUUUUCUACAUUGUAGAAUAAUAGUGAAAUCAAAACUAUGAAAUAACACAUAUGGAAUCAUGUAGUAACCAAAAAAGUGUUAAACAAAUCAAAAUAUAUUUUAGAUUCUUCAAAAGUAGCCAUCCUUUGCCUUGAUGACAGCUUUGCACACUCUUGGCAUUCUCUCAACCAGCUUCAACUGGUCAGGUGAUUGUGGAGGCCAGGUCAUCUGAUGCAGCACUCCAUCACUCUCCUUCUUGGUCAAAUAGCCCUUACACAGCCUGGAGGUGUGUUGGGUCAUUAUCCUGUUGAAAAACAAAUGAUAGUCUCACUAAGCGCAAACCAGAUGGGAUGGCAAAUCGCUGCAUAAUGCUGUGGUAGCCAUGCUGGUUAAGUGUGCCUUGAAUUCUAAAUAAAUCACAGACAUCAGCAAAGCACCAUCACACCUCCUCCUCCAUGCUUCACGGUGGGAACCACAAAUGCGGAGAUCAUCCUUUCAUCUACUCUGCGUCUCACAAUGACACGGUUGUUGGAACAAAAAAUCUCAAAUUUGGACUUAUCAGACCAAAGGACAGAUUUCCACCGGUCUAAUGUCCAUUGCUCGUGUUUCUUGGCCCAAGCAAGUCUCUUCUUAUUAUUGGUGUCCUUUAGUACUGGUUUCUUUGCAGCAAUUCGACCAUGAAGGCCUGAUUCACACAGUCUCCUCUGAACAGUUGAUGUUGUGAUGUGUCUGUUACUUGAACUCUGUGAAGCAGUUAUUUGGGCUGCAAUUUCUAAGGCUGGUAACUCUAAUGAACUUUUCCUCUGCCGCAGAGGUAACUCUGGGUCUUCCUUUCCUGUGGUGGUCCUCAUUAGAGCCAGUUUCAUCCGAGUGCUUGAUGGUUUUUGCGACUGCACUUGAAGAAACGUUAAAAGUUAUUGAAAUGUUCCAUAUUGACUGACCUUCAUGUCUUAAAGCAAUGAUGGACUGUCGUUUCUCUUUGCUUAUUUGAGCUGUUCUUGCCAUAAUAUGGACUUGGUAUUUUACCAAAUAGGGCUAUCUUCUGUAUACCCCCCUACCUUGUCACAACACAACUGAUUGGCUCAAACGCAUUAAGAAGGAAAGAAAUUCCACAAAUUAACCUUUAAGAAGGCACACCUGUUAAUUUAAAUGCAUUCCAGGUGAGUACCUCAUGAAGCUGGUUGAGAGAAUGCCAAGAGUGUACAAAGCUGUCAUCAAGGCAAAGGGUGGCUACUUUGAGGAAUCUCAAAUAUAAAAUAUAUUUUGAUUUGUUUAACACUUUUUUUGGUUACUACAUGAUUCCAUAUGUGUUUUUUCAUAGUUUUGAUGUCUUCACUAUUAUUCUACAAUGUAGAAAAUAGUAAAAAUAAAGAAGAACCCUGGAAUGAGUAGGUGUGUUCAAACUUUUGACUGGCACUGUACAUUUUCUUUUUUUAUUGGUCAAAUAUUUUGGGGAAGCCUGGCUUCCCUUGGCAUCAAUGAAUACACGCCACUGCCCUCAUGUAAUGAUAAGUCCGUCUCCUAUUUGCACAAUCUGCUCCAUGACGGGACAUUUUUGCAACUUUCAACAAUGAUAACGUUUAAUGUCAAAGAAAUACAACUGAAAAUGUUUUUGCAUGUUAAAUUGCAUGAGCGAGAGAGCAAGCGAGAGCACCACCCAACCAUGCCACGUCUGGGAUUACUUUCUAUAUCUUGCCCCCUGAUGUGCCCAACAGCAGUGCACCGCACGCCAGAGAAUAGCCCCCUCCUGGCCUGAUUGGCGGUAAUAACAGUACAUAAUGAACGCCUCCUCGGGCUGGAUUGCCGAGUGCAGACGCCCAGUUAUGGCCACAUUGUCCUGUCACUUUGCUUCCCACUACAGAGACAGCUGCAGGGGCUAUUUCUGCUUUCCGUGGAAUCCCUUCAUUUGCAUUCUGGGAGAUAGUUUUACACUAGCUCAGAAGAUAUAUUGUUAAUGCACAGUCAUGGGUAUGCUUCAUUAACUGUCGGUUUUGUCCCUUGUGUGUUGCAUAACAAUAGAUAUGGAAGUAGACCUACAAGAGCCACAGGAUGUACGUUUUUCAUCUUUAGUGUUCGUCUGUCUGCCUGGAAGUCAAGUUAGUUUGGGUUUUAGUACAGGAAUUGCACCCCCCAGUACAGUUCGGAAAGGAUUGCCUUGAAACGUAAUAAACAUGCCACCAUCUCUGUUACAGAUUGUCAAAUUAAAUCCUCUCGCUCUGCUCUCAUUUCUUUCUCCUUCCUCCUCAGGCUCCCUGACAGAUGGACGCAAGUUUGACUCCUCCCGUGACAGGAACAAGCCCUUCAGGUUUAAAAUAGGAAAACAGGAAGUGAUCCGUGGCUGGGAAGAGGGAGUGGUGCAGGUGGGUGUACUGUGCAGACGUCUCUGGUGUCUGUCUGCCUCUACUUCUAGGAAGUACAGGAGAAGGGUUUUACGUUGAAAUUACCACGUCCUUGUAACGGAGAGGUUGCCAUUUUGACAUAACACAGAAUGUCCCAUCGGUGUAUUUAUUUUCUGUGCAUGAAUGAACCCUCGAUCCAAGAUUAUCCAGAGCAAAUACAUUUAAAAUGCUUGAUGAAUUUAACGGUUCCAGGUACAGCCAGACCUUCUCUAUCAGUAGGAAAGAUAAUGGUCUUCAUACAUAGUGUUACCUGAACGUAUAACAUGCUUUGUGUGGGCUAUAAAACACUGUUUGAAGUAUUUGCAUACGCAUUCUUAAACCUUUACAUGAGUUGUAAGGGCAGUGCACACAGUCUGGUGUGCCUAGUUGUACAGCCCUGUGAUGUGUAGCUGCAGCAGAUUUAAAAGGGAGCUGUGUGCAACAGGAAAAAGAGACUGAGGCAUUGUGUACUUGUUAAGAGAAUUUAUUAACUAACAAUUUCAGUGUCUCUGUGUGUUUCCCAAAGUUUGUAAGACUUUGGUUCAAGAAACGGACAGAGCCUCAGUGCAAUAGCCAGGUCUUUAUUCAGAGAAUUCUGCCCAGAGAAUUCUGUUAUCACAAUUUCAGAGUCCAUCUUUUAUACACACACGUCAUACAAAAAUCCCACCCCGCUUUAGGCGGGCUGUAUUUUUCCACUGUACAUGGGUUUAGCUCAUGUUUUCCUCUGCUCUCCUGACCAUCAGGUCUCACACACACACACACACACAUAUACACCCACACACACACACACACACACACAUACACACACACACACACACACACAUAUACACACAUAUACACACACACACACAUACACAUAUACACACACACACACACACACACACACACACACACACACACAUACACACACACACACACACACACACACGUUCUUAUCAUAGUCGACUCCUUGCUCGGGCAGGCUGCAUUCUUCAGUUAUUGCCGUCCUCAAAAUAUCCUGCAACAUGUUUCAUACUCUCUUCCAAGCCUAACGCUUUCUCUCCACCCUAUUUCUUUAUCUUGGUUUCUCAGUUGUCUGUAGACAGUUAUCCUUGUCCUUUGUUGUUUGGCCUAACUCUUACUCACAUUGCUAAAUAGUAACACAAUGUCAUAAUCUUUACUGGUCCUACACACACACACACACACACACACAUUAUUAGACUAUAGUCUCAGGAUUCUAACACAGUUCAUAAAGUGGUGUAAUAAUUAGUCAUUACCAAAUUCUUCUAUCAGUACUUCAAAGCAGUUCGAUGGGCUUUUGCCAGGAGGUUGAUUACAUCAUAUUCUUAUAAAGGGCGACAGAUGCAGUGAAGAGACGUGCCCGUAAUAGUAUUUGUUGUGUGGGCUAGGCAUUCUCCCAUCCAAUGGCAGUUCUCCACAAGAGCCCUCAGGAUUUUUUAUCAGUGUCCCCACACUUACAGCAUGACAAACAGCUCCCAACACACACUCCUCUGUUUCUAUUCAAAUACUCAGCAUCUGGUCUGGGGUCAAUUGCUGCUUAAGUCCAACCAAAAAGUGAUGAAUAAAUGAAUACAAGUUGAACAAAAAAAGUGGUCAACAGUAUCACAAAAUGAAUGCUUCUCUCAAAAAUCAACCACAGAGGUUCCUCCAUAGUUUAUCUCAGUGUGGCUGUGCCUGACCUAUGUCCCCCCACUUCCUUGCAGAUGAGUGUCGGUCAGAGAGCCAAGCUGACCUGCUCGCCUGACGUUGCAUAUGGGGCAAAGGGCCACCCGGGGAUCAUUCCACCAAACGCCACCCUCAUCUUUGAUGUUGAGCUACUGAGCCUUGAAUGAAGUAUCCCCACUGCCUGUGUUUUAUAUUUGUUUCGUAAGUACGUUUUGAAGAUUUUCAAAGUGUUUUGUUAUUAUCAGCAGAUGAAAUAAUAGCACGAAUGCAUCAACAAGUCUGGUAUGCUUUCAAUCUAAUCCCUUUCUCCUCUUCCUCCUAUGUGUCUUUGCAGGUUGCUUCCUACCUUGGAAACAUGUAGAUAAGCUAGGAGAGUCUGUACCUUGAUUCUAUAAGAGGCCUGAGUCUAUAGUUACAACACUUUGGUCACUCUUUUAUCAAUUUAUACAAAAAUCUGCGUUUUU